CUUAUCCGCCAUAUGUAUGCAUGUGUGUGUGUUGUACAAUAAAAGGAGAGCUCAAAUCGAUGGGACCGCCAUUCGUUCAAACGUGUUUGUCUUAAAACAGUGUCAAGUGCUAAAAGUAUACUUCAAGUAGUUUAAAGUAUCGCAAUACAGUACUCUUCGUCAUUAGUGUUUAUUUUGCAAAUCAGUAUACAACUUGCAGCGAAUUAAAAUGGAGAUUUCAAACGAGAAUUCUCUUGAGUGCACAUUCAAAAAUUAUUAUUAUGGCAAUGUGAGCGACAAUGAAACUGAAGUUUCAAAACCACUUAAAAUCCGUACCCAAAAACGAACCAACAAUAUUGAUGUAUUUUUCGAAAAGCCUACGAUGAAACAAGCUGCAGAGUAUUCGUCUACUGUUGCCCAGUUGACAAAUGGAGGUACAAAUUAUAUAUCUUCUCGCGUAGAUGACGUUUCAAAGGCCACUCAUCUCAUAAAAAUUGAUGUCUAUGACAUGAAAAAAUUGCGAGGUGUUCCAAGCGAUCAGCACUGGAAAUUCGCGAAUACUAGAAUCAAAUACUACACGCAGACUGAAGAAGAUGACUAUUAUUCCAAUACACAAGAAUUAAUUUACAAUAUUACUAAACAUAUUGCAACUAAAAACAACUGUAAAAAAUAUUUCAUCGAAGCAAAGCCAUAAAUCAUCCCUUACGCCGCCCACACGUAGAAAUCCCCCACCAACGAACAAACGAUUUUUGGGCCUAUAUAUAGAUAGACAACGCAAAGCAAAACCAUACCGUAUCCCUUUUGACACCCGUAGAAGCGAAACAACGAGCACAAAAUGGACCUACAAGAUUCGCAAUACGACGAUGAGCUCUAUGAACGCUGUGAAGAUGUUUCAGAGCUCAAUAAGUCAGUUUUUGAUAAUGAACUCUAUGAACGUUGUUUGGAAGCCGAGAAACAACAUCA